CGCUGGAUUGCGCGUGUCGCGCGCGUGUGGAGUGUGGACUGUAUGCGGUCAGUGGAGUCUCGCGGGUUUUGUGCAUUUCUGCGAGAGAUCAAAACAGAAUCAAGCGGAAUCGAGAGUGAAGCGCGGAAUCGAGACGACGAUUAUUUACGCGCGCGGAUUCGCGCGGCUAAAUAGCGUAGUGUGAUGGCGACGCCGACUAACAGCAGCGGUAACCUUGUUGACGAUUUCGAGGAAUCGUUUCAGCAAUGUUUGAGUAUACUAACGAAAGACGAGGGACUGGGCAACAGUGGAACUGGCGCGUCUGGUGGCUUGACAGUGGAUAAAGACGAGGGUCGCGCGGAAAUGGAACAGGCCACCAUGAGGUUCAUAGACCUGGCCAGGCAGAUGGAGGCGUUCUUCCUGCAAAAGAGAUUUCUCCUGUCCGCAUUGAAACCUGAGCUGCUGGUCAAGGAGGAGAUCAGCGAGCUGAAAUUAGAGUUGCAGCGCAAGGAGGAGCUGAUAAAGAAGCACAAUGACAAGAUUGCUGUCUGGCAGAACAUGUUGACUGAUUUGCAGGGAUGGGCACAAUCACCUGCUCAAGGCCCAGCACCCAGUGGAUUACCCAAUGGCAAUCAAAGCGGACAAAACCAGCAGGCUGCGAGUGGUGGUAAUGCUUCAAUGCAGCAGCAGCAACAGCAGAUGCUGCAGCAUCAACAGCAAUUGCAGCAGCAGCUGCAGCAACAACAGCAGCAGCAGCAUCCACAGUUACAGCAGCAGUUGCAACAGCAGAUGCAACACCCAUUGCAAUCACAGGUACAACAGGGUUCCGGUGGCCCACCUACGUCAGGUCUUCAGGGGGUUGGUGUGCCAGUCAGUCAGCAGGGCAUGUUCAUGGCACAGGGUGGCGUAGGUGGCAGAGCUACUGGAUUCCCAGUCGGCGGUAUGAGCAGUAGUGCUCUGCAAGGGCCUCUGGCCUACUUGGAAAAGACAACGAGCAACAUAGGGAUGCCAGAGAGGAGGAGUUGACGCGGAAGGGGAAGGGGCCGGGGCCGGGGUCGUGGAAGAGGCCGAGGUAGAGGAAGAGGCGGCGGUGGCAGCGGGCUACCACCGCCACCAUCGCUUCUCGAUCCCUCAGACCCGUCGUCCUACGCUGCUGCUGCCGCAGUCGCAGCUGCUGCGGCGGCGCCCCUUCCCUCUCCGCAACAGCAGCCACCUCCUUGCACAUAAUAUGCGUGGCAUUUUUAAUUUCUUCUGGAAGAGAGAGACUACGUUUGUACUUCCAGUGUUGAAUAUAUUUGGUUGCCAUUUGCUAUGGAUUGUGUUUGAUGUCGAGUCAAAUUAUUAACUUGACGUACUACAUCAGUAGUGAUGAUAGUGACGAUAAUAUUCAAGUGCAGUUAUGAUGUGUUACUGUUUAUAUUGUGGAAAUGGACACAACUAUGUGCACAAAUUUAUUUUAUGAUUUACGAACUUAUCGAGUCUCAAUGGCAAAUGCGUUUUAACAUUGCCAGUUUUAUUGUGAUCCAACUUUGGAUUGACAUUAUGACUAUAUGAACGUUCUUUCGCAUUUCUUUUAUUCUAUAAGCGAAAGAUGGAUGUUUGUAUUUUUUGUAUUAGUCGUGGAAAUCGUAGAAGGCAAGCCUUAUGUGGAACACGUGAAAUUGUGACGUAAAAUGACGAAAGUAUGAUAAAUAUUUUGUAAUUAAAGCGGCAAUAAGACAAUUGUACAUAGUAACGAAAUUAUGUGCGAUGUGAGCAACAUGAUACUUUUACUCGUAUACAUAAGAUUAAGGCUAAUCUUUCUAUUUCUUUACACAAUGCUGUUAGUUUAAUACAAUACUGGUUCUCAGAUUAUCGACAUUUUUAAUGAAUUGCGUUCAUCGCUAUUGCAGUGCCUUUGAACAUAUAUCAGUUUAGUUCAGUAAUAGUUCCCGUCCCUCCGGAGAAUUAAUGGGAUGGUAAGACCAGAAUACAAAGAAAGAUAUUUGUAUUAAACGAAAAAAAUAGAUGUAGAAUAUUAAGGCGGUUAAUUGUAUCAGUAACGUUCAAAAAUUCGAUUGGUGCCAAACACGUCCAUGUUUGCACUCGACAAAAAACAUUUAUCAAAUGUGCUGUUCGUACGAUAUGAAAAUGUACAUUACUUAGUGUAUUGUGCAAAAUCAAAAUGUAUAUUAUACAUGUUGGUCACAUUAAAAUAUAAGCAUCUGUCCUGGACAAGUGUACAAAUUCGAAAUCUUUAUAUUCGCAUAAAUUUUUUAAUAAUUUUCAAAACAUGACAUAAUAUGUGUGCCUGUAAUUAAUGUACAUUCAUGCAUCUGAUAUACAUAUAUGUAGAUGCAUUAAUGCAUAUAAACGUAUAGCAAUCAAGAUGCAAUCAAGAUUUCCAAAGAAUUUUAAAUGUUUUACUAUCUUUUGUUAAUAUAUUUUUAAUUUCGUACAAUAAUUUGUAUCCCAGUAAAUACAGAUGCAAACUGUUAUAUAAAAUACGUAAUAUGUAAAUUUUAUAUGUAAUUUUUAUUUACAUUUACUAUAUUAUAUGGCACUUGUAUUUGGUGUUUGUUGAGAUUAUGUGCCAUUAGAAUGCUUUUUAAAAGCAUCUAUGCGACAGAUUCCAUGAACGUAUCCACUGUCGUAUAUAAAAUAUAAUAAUAAUUUUAUAUUGUGAUACAUUGUAUAAUAAUCAAAUUUUAACUUAAAAAAUAAAUAUGCAUAAUUAUUACUACUCUGGCCUUGCCAAAAAUUUGUUCGGUGAACUUGUUUUUCUGUUAGUAUCUAAAUUAGUUUGUAAUGUUUUAUUUGCGUUAGUUUAAUUUACAAUUAUUUAUUUUAUAUUUAACUAGAAUGUAGUAUUUAGAAACAUUGUACAUACAUAGCAAUUUUAUACUCAUUUUUAAUGUGAUAAAAAAUAUUUUAUAUAUGUAUUAUCGUUUUGACACAAUAUGGAUACACAUCUAUUUUUCAUAUUAAUAACCAGUUUUUAUAUGUUGCGCUUUUCAUAAAUCCAGGACAGAAUGCUUAUAUCGCUCACUAUUUUUUAAUUCCGUACUCGUAUAUAUAUAUAAGAUAUGCAACUUUUAUCCUGUACAAUAUUAUAUUGUAGUAUACACAUAGUUGAUACGAAUGUUAAUUAUAUACAUAUACAGAGCA